AUGUUUGUUCUGUUAGCAGCGAUCCACAAGUCUCAGGCCUGGUUUCAUGGUCGCGUGUCCAGAAAGGAGACGCAGAGACUGAUAGAGAAGCAGGGCCUCGUAGACGGGAUGUUCCUGAUCCGUGAGAGCCAGCAGCACGCUCAGUGCUUCGUCCUCUCGCUGUGUUCCAAGCUGAAGACCAAACAUUACCUGGUGAUCCCUUGCGAGGACGACGGCAGGAAGUACUACACCAUGGACGACGGCGUGACUCUCUUUAUCGACGUCCUGCAGCUGGUGGAGUUCCACCAGAUCAACAAGGGCAUCCUCCCCGUCUGCCUCAAACACCCCUGUGUCUGUGUGGCUCUAUGAGGUCCCCCCCCCCCCCCACCCACAACUCUCUUUGGGGGCCACAAUCGGACGCCUUCAGGUCCAAAACCUGAGCAUCGGAUUGUGUUCAUAUCUAAGAAGCAGUUGAUAAACUGGAUUCUGUGGAAGUCUGUGAUAUUUUUGGGGUUUGAGACGUGGACUCCCUCUUUAGUAUUUUUACUUUUUUAUUUUUAACUAAUGAAGCCCCCCGCCCCGUUGGACACACUUGCAGUGCACUUUGAUUGGGAUCCACAUCACAGCCACGGUGUGAUGAGAUUCGUCUGUUCUUUUCACCAGAUCUCACUGAGCGACUGUCGCCACCAGAGGGCGCUCUGAGUCUGAGCUUCUUUUUUUCCAGCUGGUGUAAAGAAAUGAACACUUUAAUAUUUUACAUUGUGAUAUUAUAAUCAUGAAAAUAACCCAGGUUGCAAUCGUGUAGCAUGUAAACUCCUCACUCCUCUGACUGAUGAUGGUGAAGGGAACUGCGAUUUGUGAUGUUUAAACUACCAAAUAUAUGAAUGCAAACAGGUUUUAUGAGGGUUUUUACCUUGUCGCUUAUUGAGGAAGACCAUAAGAUCUGGUUAAAGCUCUGGGAGAAAAUAAACUGCUUUUUUUUUUUUUUUGGUGGUAACACUAUUCUACAGGCCUGUGUAAUUUUCCUGCCGAUUUCAAAGUACAGCGAAUAACGUUAAACCUUCAAAGUCUACAAUUAUAAAUCGAAGUAAAACCAAAUGACAUAUUACAUUCCAGGUAACUUCUUUGGAAAUGACGCACCUGUAAAAUCAAGUGUUUCUGACCUUUUUUGUUAUCCGUGGUUGUUUUCUUUUACUUUGAAUAUUUGCACUGUUUGCUUUUUAUCAUGAAGAUGUAUUUCUUAGAAUGUCUUUUUUUAUUUUUACUAAACAGGGUUUGUUAGUUUUAUACAUCCUGGGAAUGUUUUGUCAUUUUCAGACCCGUUUUAUAUUUUUGAAUAAACGGUUUCAUAUUAAACAUUUUCAUAAAUAUCAACUUUUGUCGAUGUAUGCAAGAGAUGCCCUCCACAACUUCUUCCAUGCUUUUAUUUAAACAAUUGUUUGAUGUAGAGUUGUCACACAAAACGCAAACAUUAGGAGAAAAGUCUAAAUAAAAUACAUAAGUAUAAUUUGUGUUUUAGGACUUAGUUUCUUUUCUCCCGUUAAUCAUCUCACAACUUCUCAGGUUCAUCUGGUGACCCUUUGGAGGGGCCCGACCCCUAGGUUGAGAACCACUGGACUAAACUGUAAAAGUAGCUCCAUCUGGAGCAGCUACAGUCAACACUGGUCUUGGUAUUUAUGCACUGAUAUUGCUAUUUUUACUUAUGGUGGUGUAUUUAUGCACUGAUAUUGCUAUUUUUACUUAUGAUGGUGUAUUUAUACAAUGCUAUUGCUAUUUUUACUUAUGAUGGUGUAUUUAUACAAUGCUAUUGCUAUUUUUUACUUAUGAUGGUGUAUGUAUACAAUGCUAUUGCUAUUUUUACUUAUGAUGGUGUAUUUAUGCACUGAUAUUGCUAUUUUUACUUAUGAUGGUGUAUGUAUACAAUGCUAUUGCUAUUUUUACUUAUGAUGGUGUAUGUAUACAAUGCUAUUGCUAUUUUUACUUAUGAUGGUGUAUUUAUA